AUGAAUAAAGCAAUUCUCUUAGCAUUUCUCGUAGCCACAUCAAUGACUUAUUAUCAAACUCUAGCUCAAGAAGAAGAGAUAAGUCCAUCUCCACAACAAUUUGCAGAUCCUAUAGCUGCAGCUUAUGAUCAUGAACUCGUAGGCCACAUGACGAAACAACAUAUUGGGAAAGAUUGUCACGAAGGACUGAUGAAUUUAGCUUUCUCUACUUAUGAGUUAAAAGAUAUUGCUAAUGAAAUUCUUCCUAGAAGCAAGAAGAUUUGGAACCAAUGUGUUCAAACUACUGCUGCUAUGAUUGGUGCACCUAUGUCUUUGGAAACUUGA